UUAAUUGUUAACAGAAGCAGGAGUCAUGGCUGCAGGGUGGAAACACCACAUUCUUCUUACAGCAGACAGAGACACAAAAAAAGGCAGUUAAAGCAGACUCUUUAGCUUGCUUUCCCAUUUGCUCUGAAGGUAAUCCUGACGAUGUGGUUGAGCCAAAGGAAGGUUUGUGCGUGAAAAGCUGCAGUUGAGUCAGUUUUUCCAUCUGUGCUGCAGGCUUCAGUGGAGACACCAGCACGAACGCCACUCCUGUUUUUUCUAUGCGAGGUGACUGGGAGAUGCUCUGGUGGAUCAUGAAAUGGUUCUGCUUCUCCUGCUGCAUCCUGCUGGGUACCAGCUCUCAGUCCAAGGAUGCUGCUGCAGCAGGGUUUCUUCAUGCUUUUUCACCUGAGCAAGAGUCAGGAGACACAGGGGGCUGGGAAUGGGGAUCUGGAUUCUCUCCUUCUCAUGUGCUCCACAGCUUCCCCGGGGACAGCCCGGUUGUUUCAGAAUCUCCAGAAUAUGUGGUCAACUGCACCCAGCGCUUCUGGUUACCACCAGCUCCAAUCUGUUGGGAAAACGCUGUCGGACCAGAAGAAUUUGCCAAGUGUCGGGUGCUCAUUCUGCAGAACGGGGCUGCCCUGCAGGCUCUGUCCAUCUCAAGUGGAGUGGAGGAGGGAGGAAGUUCUUACAACCACAAAGCCAAAGAGGAGAUCCAGGGAAUUCACUCAGAACAUCAGAAAAUGGAAGACACAGUGAAAACCGUGGAGAUGGUGUUUGUCUCUUUAGCUGAGAAGAGAAAAGAAGGAACAGAGCAGGCAGUCCUCACAAGAAUGAAGCAGCAUCUUGCCAACACAAGGGACAACAUCUAUGACAGGAGUGCUGUUGCACACCGCCUGGAGAGACAGUUCUCCACUUUAGAGAGAACCCUGCUCAACGCACAACAUCGAAUCGGCAAACUCUUUAUGCCUGCGCUGAAGAGCCCUUACUUAUGAACCACUGUAUGUGCAUGUACGUGUUGAUGGAUUCUUCAGAGUAGGCUUGCUGUUUGCAACUUCUGUCGGCAGAACACCUAAAACCUGUCAUUAAGAUCGUGAAAAUGCAGCCGAUAAAUCUUGCUUCAUAUUGUAUUGAUUGUGUUAAAUACAGAGAUUUUGUAGCGUCAUUGAACAUGACGCAACUGCUCUACUUGUAAUUCUGAAAAGAGAAAAAAUAAAAGAAAAAAAGUUCAAUUCUU